AUUACACUUUCCUCCUCUCUCGCCUUGCUUUCAUCUCUCUCUGCAGUAUACUUCCAAAAGCACUCAUUUAUUUUUCAGUGUCGGUCACGAUGCUUUACUGAAGAAGAAAGAAGCCGAUAAUUUGAUUCCUCUUUCGUUUUCUUAUCGAGAGGGUGUGUUUGUGUGUUGUUUUGUUGUUCUGUGCAUGCACAAACAUACACUACUCUCCUUAUCUUCGUCUUCGUCUCCACGUGGUCUCGCUUUUUUUUUUGUUUUUUUUUCUUGUAACGGCUAUCAUCAAAGAGCCCAUCACUCUCUUCUCUCUGCACUAUAAUUUAUCAUCAUCAACUUCACCCUCUUCUCCAUUUGUCAUUUUCCCUUCUUCUUCUUGCUUAAUUUUGCUCGCUUUGAACUCAAUUUCAACCUAAAACUUUAGUUCUCUGUUCCUGUAAGGCCAAUUUUAAGUUGCUUUCAUGUUUGUUUUAAUGUGUUAGUGAACUUUGAGGUGGGUUUUGAUAAUUAAGUUAAAUUUGAUCGAGAAGUUAUGGCUUCGAUUCUCCGGUUUCGUAAGCUGUGCUAUAUGGAGCCAGUGAAGUUUCGAACUUUUGAUGAAUCCCCAAAACUUUAUCAAAAGCUUGAUAAGAAAACAGAUGAUAAUAAUGUGAUUUUAACUGCUAAAAGUGUGUUAGAAACCGAUACCAAGAAGAAAAAGUGCACCAAAAAGCCGUCUAAAGAGUGGAGGUGCGUGGAUACUUGUUGUUGGAUGAUUGGCUGUUUGUGCACAACUUGGUGGUUUCUCUUGUUCUUGUACCAUUGUUUUCCGGCCACAUUGCCCGGUUUUCAAGUCCCCGAAUCGCCUGGAGUGAGGCUAAAGCGUGAUGGCUUGACGGCUAACCACCCCGUUGUUUUGGUGCCUGGCUUUGUGACAGGAGGACUAGAACUCUGGGAGGGCAGGCCUUGUGCUGAAGGCUUGUUCCGCAAAAGGCUUUGGGGCGGUAGCUUCACUGAAAUCUUUAAAAGGCCCUCAUGUUGGUUGGAGCACUUGUCUUUGGACAAUGAGACUGGCCUUGACCCACCAGGGAUUCGAGUUCGUCCGGUUCCAGGGCUGGUUGCAGCUGACUAUUUUGCUACUGGGUAUUUUGUGUGGGCUGUACUUAUUGAAAAUUUGGCAAAGAUUGGAUAUGAGGGGAAGAAUUUGUAUAUGGCUGCCUAUGAUUGGCGGCUGUCUUUCCAAAACACCGAGAUUCGGGACCAAGCUCUUAGUAGAUUGAAGAGUAAAAUUGAGCUUUUGUAUGUAACCAACGGCUAUAAGAAAGUAGUUGUGGUGCCCCAUUCAAUGGGGGUUAUCUAUUUUCUACACUUCCUUAAAUGGGUUGAAACACCUCCUCCCAUGGGGGGUGGUGGUGGUCCAGGUUGGUGUGCGAAGCAUAUCAAAGCGGUUAUGAACAUUGGUCCAGCAUUUCUGGGUGUUCCAAAGACAGUUAGUAAUCUGUUCUCAGCUGAGGGCAAAGACAUUGCUUAUCUCAGAGCUAUGGCGCCUGGUGUUUUGGAUUCUGAGAUUCUUGGACUUCAAACUCUGGAACAUGUCAUGCGGGUAUCUCGAACAUGGGAUUCUGUCAUUUCCUUGAUGCCUAAAGGUGGAGAAACAAUCUGGGGUAACUUGGACUCAUCUCCAGAUGAAGGGCAUGCUUGCCAGUCUGUAAAGAAAGGACAAUAUGCGCCAUCUUCAAAUGGCAUGAAUGCCAACCACACUGAUAUAAACACAGGCUUCCAAGUAAAAGAAACUGUGAAGUGUGGAAGGAUAAUCUCUUUUGGCAAGGCAGAAUCGGAAUUACCUUCUUCACAGAUCCCUAAUCUUGAUACAGAGGAGUUUUUGCGCUCAAGUACCUCCAAAAAUGUUAACUCAUCAUGUGGAGAGGUCUGGACUGAAUAUGACGAGAUGAGUAGGGAAAGCAUCAGGAAGGUUGCAGAGAAGAAAGUUUACACUGCAAGAACUCUUCUUGAUCUACUUCGAUUUGUGGCUCCAAAAAUGAUGCAAAGAGCUGAGGCUCAUUUCUCUCAUGGGAUAGCUGACAAUCUUGAUGAUCCUAAAUAUGCCCAUUACAAGUAUUGGUCCAAUCCACUUGAAACCAAGUUGCCUGAUGCUCCAGACAUGGAGAUACACUGCUUAUAUGGUGUUGGUAUCCCUACGGAAAGAUCAUAUGUCUACAAGCUCUCACCUACUAAUAAGUGCAAAAACAUUCCAUUCCGGAUAGAUGCCUCAGCCAAUGGAGAUGAGAACAGCUGCUUGAAAGGUGGGGUUUACUUCGUCGACGGAGAUGACAGUGUGCCGGUUCUUAGUGCCGGGUUCAUGUGUGCUAAAGGGUGGAGAGGAAGAACCAGGUUCAACCCUUCCGGCAUUGCUACAUACAUCAGAGAGUACAGGCACAAGCCACCAACUAGCCUUCUGGAGGGAAGGGGUAUCGAGAGUGGAGCACAUGUUGACAUUAUGGGUAAUGUUGCAUUAAUUGAAGACGUAUUGCGAGUCGCUGCUGGAGCCUCUGGAGCUGAAAUUGGAGGCGAUCAGAUUUACUCUGAUAUCAGAAGAAUGUCCGAGAGAAUAAAUCUUGAGCUAUAAGUACAUUAUAAGAAUAUCACGCAGAAUAAACCAUCAGCUAUGAUAAUGUUAAGAACAGAGAGGAGAGGACUAGAAGUGGUGUAGAGUUGCAGGAAUGAGAGUUUCUUGAUAACUAACUAUAAUUAACCACCAAGCAUAAAACCCACGAAACAGGCUUGGUUAUGUGAAGAAAUAACUGGGGAGAAAGGAGCAAGUACAGAAAUCAACUGCAGCAGAAGAGGGACUGAAAAUGAUCAAUUUUCGCGCUCGCCCUGGAGCUAGAAAGCAGAGGUUGUAUGUAUCUAUUACCAAUGUUGCAAAUUUCUCGGGUUUUGUAAUAAAAAUAAAUCACAAUUCAAAACCGUUUCCUUCUGGAAAAUUUUGCCUCAUUUUCCAUAAUGUUUUGACGAUCUUGGGAG